AUGGAGCGAGCAGAUUGAGGCCGCCACUGCAGCGCCGCCAGCAUGAACUUGGCCGCGAGCUGAAGCGGCGGGCGGCGGGCGGGCGCGGGGGCACCGGCCGCUAGCCAGGGGGUGAUCUUCAAUCCGGCUGGGCCAUUCGGCGGGCGCCUGGGGGUAGGCUGCCUGUGCCGGCGGCUGCCCGCCCCUCUGGCUCUGCCCUGGCUGCUGCUGGAGCUCCGCAACACGGUACUCCAGGCUAGCUGGCCUGUGAGCUUCUAGCUGAUUGUCCUGUCUUCAUCUCCCAUCAUAGGGGUGCUGGGAUUACAGAUGUACACAGAUGCAUUUGGCUUUUUAGAUGGGUUUUAAAGAUUGAACUCAAGUCACCAGGCUUGUGUGCCCUGUGUCUAGGUCAUUUGGAAAACGCCUUGGAGAGUCAAGAAUAAAAUUCCAGGUCAAACAAUGGAUGACUGGAAAAGUCGACUCGUACUCGAGAGCAUGCUGCCCCAUUUCAACAUGGCGGGAAAUCGUCAGGAGCCCAGAAGGCUCCAGGAAUCGGGAACCAGUAAAAGAAGACAGGAAGGAGACAACUUCCACUUUACUGGCAUGGCUGACGGGGGCUACCCUAAUAAAAUCAAGAGACCUUGCCUUGAAGAUGUCACCCUCUCUAUGGGCCCAGGUGCCCACCCUACUCUUUCUACAGAACUGCAGAUGCCCACAUUAACCAUGAAUCCUAGCUCUGCAGAUCUGGGUGUAGCUGGUCAGUCAUUACUUCUUGAGAAUAAUCCUCUGGACAGCAAUGCUGUGAAUAGCAGUGCUAUGGGCUCACCGUUUGGGGUGUCAUCUACUGCAGACACAGGGCUGAAAGGGCAUGCUAUUCCUUACUAUGAGAAAAACAACAAUAUGCCAGCUGUGGACCAGGAGCUUCAAGAUCUGCUGGAGGAACUAACCAAAAUUCAAGAGCCUUCUUCAAAUGAUCUUGACCUUGAGAAGAUUCUGGGGAACAAGCCAGAAGAGCCUCUGGUUUUACAUCACUCCCAGGCUCCCCUUGGCCCACCUGCCAAGCUACCAGUUCAGAUGCCACAUAUGGAGAGCCUUGGGUCCAGCAAGGAGUAUGCGUCUAGCUGCAGUCAAGCCACUGGCACAUCACUCCCAGUCUUGCCCUCCUCCACAGGGAUCAGCUAUCCCAUUCCUCCCACCAGUAAGCAGAUAGUCUCACCCAGUUCUUCAACGGCACAGGCUCAGGUCAAAAACCAGGCCCAGACCAUGCUCCCUGUCACUUUGCCUCCGUUAUCUGUGCCUCAGUGGCAUCAUGCCCACCAGCUGAAAGCACUUGCGGCCAGCAAGCAGGGAUCUGCUACAAAACAGCACGGUUCCAACCGUAGUUGGUCCAGUCUGCCUACUCCAGGCCUUUCCCCACCUUACCUACCCGUGCCAUCACCUCAUCCACCACCAACACAGCCACCGCCACCACCAUUCAGCCCACAGAACUUCAUAGCACCCUGCAUGUCAUCUAAUAGCUUGUCUGGGAGUGCUGCGCAAAGCUCGCCGAAUGCCUUACUCUCCAGCAUGGCCCCCAGCAGCACUGCUAACCUUGGGCCCACCUUGCCCUAUGCUCCAGCGAAGCUCCCAGCUCUGCCUCACAAUCAGAAGCCACAAUUCAGCCCCCAGAGCUCCAUUCUUGCCAAUCUGGUGUCCUCUUCUGUCAAAAGCCCCCAGGGGCACCUAUUAUCUGCUCUGCCUACCAGCACCCCAGGACCAUCCCCACCCUACCGCCCCGAGAAUCUCUCCAGCCCCGGCUUGCCACAGCAGUCCUUCACUCCACAAUACUCUCUGAUCAGGAGCCUCACUCCCACCAGCAGUCUGCUUAGCCAGCAGCAACAGCAGCAGCAGCAGCAACAACAACAUCAACAGCAGCAUCAGCAUCAGCAUCAGCAGCAACAGCAACAGCAAGCAAAUUCCAUCUUUAAGCCUAUGACCAGCAGCCAGCAAAGCAAAACCCUGAGCAUGAUCAUGCAGCAGGGCCUGGCAAGUUCCAGUCCAGAAGCACCUGAGCCCUUUACCUUCAGCAACACCAAACCCUUGUCGCAUUUUGUUUCUGAGCCAAGCCCCCAGAAGAUGGCCUCCAUGCCUGCCUCCUCCAGGCAGUCAUCCCUGUUCCACUACCUGCCUCAGGCAACACCAGCACAUGUUCCUUCUGCCACUGCCUCCUCUACUGCCAUUUUGCAAUUCCAGCAGCAGCAGCAGCAGCAGCAGCAGCAGCACCAUCAGCAGCAGCACCAUCAGCAGCAGCAGCACCAGCAGCAGCAGCAGCAACACCACCACCAACAACAACAACAACAACCUGACCAGUCUUCAUUCCUCCUGCAGCAGAUAAUGCAGCAACCCCAGCGCUUUCAGCGCAUGGUGGCCUCUGAUUCCAUGCCCACUCUGCCUGGACAGCAAGAGAAGCAGAGAUCAGGUCCUAUGGCAAUGACCCCUAAACAGCGGAAUAUUUAUAUCGCCCAGCAGAUGACUCAAUUUCAAGCAGUACAAGAACAAGUCAUCUCCAAGUGUAUCCAGACCAAUGCGAGACCCCCAUCCAACCAGCAUAUGAUGCCACCCAAAACUGAGCUCCUCCAGGACAAUCUGAUUCCAAGACUAUUACCACCCUCUAGUCACAUAGGUGUUUGCUCAUCAGCUCUGAAGAAACAGCAAGUCAACACCGGCUUCCCAUUUCCCAUCUCCUCAGGCUUGGGUCAGGAUCCCCUGAAUAGUCUUGGCUCUGUGUGUCCCAAAGCCAAGGCCAUGCCCCCAGAAGUGCCCCUGCCCAAGCUCUGUGUCAACCACCUGGGUAGCCAACCCUUUAUUUCCCACCAACUCAGCCUCCCUAGUGUGCCAAUGAUGUUUCUAGUGUUUAGUAAUGUAGUCUGGGCAGUGGCAGCUGCAGCUGUAGCCACACCAGUUUCAAAGGAAUCACCCCUGAGCCAAGUAGAUACUAGCAUGCUGCAGUGUUGUGAUAGUAGCACCAUCCUCUUUGCCAAGGCACCCAUAAGUGUACCCCCGACAGCUCUAGCAUUUCCAUCUCAGCAGGCUGUGAUCCAAGCCAAUCAGAUAGCCCCAGGAGUCAGGCCUGGCCAGAAGGUGCCUGCGGCUCUGCUUGGCCCCAGAUUCAGCUUAUUGGGCAAUCAGAGCCUUGUGCGGAGCCCAGCACAGGGGCCGGUGCCUGUGCUGAGCACCACGGCCCUCCAGCAGAGCAUGGCCAGCUGCUCUCCCUUGAGUCCCGUUCAGGGACUAGAGCCGCCAAGCUAUGUAGCUGCUAUUGCUGCCACCAGCCAGUCCCCAGGUACCUUGAUGAGAGCUAGCACAUCCCCUGAGCCACAGGACAAUGUCUUGCCUCAGGCCCAGACCCCAACCAAUGGACUGAUCUCACCAUCAUCUGCAGGCAGUGAGGUGGAUUUCAUGGAAGAACUUUUAGAAGGCUCCAGUGUGGCCCCAGAUGAAGACUGGGUGUGCAACUUGAGGCUGAUAGAUGACAUUCUGCAACAGCGUGCUGCUGCCCCAAAUGCCACAGCACAGAAUGUUGAACAAGUCACCCAGGGUGCCGAAGAGCUAUAAAUCAAAGCAGGGUGCCCCCAGAAAGCCCCAUGCUCUCACUCAAAGGAGUUGCCUGAAUCUGCAGCCAAUGUAAAACUGGCCCCAGACACCCACAGUAGGCUCCCAGUUCCACUCUGAAUCCUGUCAACCCUGCCCAUCCCCCUGUCAACCGGAUGAAGAAAAAGCAGGUGAUUUUUCAAGCUACUUGUACAUAUUUGAAAAUUUUGUAAAUGGUUUUCCUAAUCAUAAAUGACAGAAGUAUUUAUACUUGGUUUUGUGGCUUUGUAAAUAAAGUGGCGGCUUUGGUUGCAAUAGAGUUGUGUUUAUUAUACAUUGUUCCAAACAUGCAGACUGUGUUGUUCGCUCCAGUGAUACCUUGUUAAACCAGGUGGCUGAGUCAUUGAGGUUUUCAUGCUACAAGAGAUAUGAAUGUGACCAAGAGGUGUUGUUGUGCAAACUGACAAAUGCCAAAUAGAAGCCACUUGGUCAUUAAUUUCCACUCCAUUACAAACUGUGCUAUCCCGUGUUACUAUCUCUCGCAAGCCUUUAAGUCUCAGCUAGUUCUUUCCUAAUGAGCAUUUACCGCAAAAGUCGUGGUAUGAGUAAGUGGCCCACAGAGACACUCAUGGAAGGCCAAGAGCAUCCUUUAGGGUUGGUUGGUAGAAGUGCAGAAAUAGCCUUUGAGCUGAGUUUGUGAGCUGGCCACCUCAAGGAACUAGAGCGUUCCCUUCCCUUUGUCACCUGUGGUGACCUUCAGACGCAGAGAAAGCCCCAGCUUUAGAAUGCUUUGGUGUGCCAUCACAGAGUGAUGCUUUAAAAUCUGCUUUAAACCAUUUGACAUUCAUUUCGAUAGAAACCUCUGUAGUUUUGGGGGGAAAGUCUGUAAACAUUAAUAGUUGAUUUGGGGUUUGUCGUUAAUGGUUUCUAUUUGCAAUUCUCGUCAUGUAUAUUUAAGCGUCAGUUAGAGAAACUCCACAGCCACUGUCCUGUAAACUUUUUGCAGUGUCCAGAUCUUGUGUAAUCACAUUUUAAUUGCCACCUUGUAUUUUGAUUCUACAAUUGAAAUCUGGCAUCUGUUUCAGGCCAGUGCAUUUUUGUUGUUGUUGUUGUUGUUGUUGUUGUUGUUGUUGUUAUUUUGUUGUUCCCCCUUUGUUCUGUAAUAAACAGC